AAUAUUAAUGGUCCAACAAAUAAAUAUUUACACAAUUAAUUACAUUGUAUUAUAUCGCACCCAAACAUAAUCAUCAAUUAAGAGAAUAAUGGGUCGAAACCAUAGUCACAGAGUACCAGCCCAUGGUAUAGCCCUCCUAAAUAAACAACAUGUAGCCCAUGCGACCCUCGCUUGGCUGCUGGAAUAGAGCCACCGCAGCUCCAGUUCGAAAUCUCGCCGGCGGUCAGCACCUCCUACGAUCUGGCGUUUGAAUAGCAAAUUAAAGUCCUUUUUUCUCAUAGGAAUUUCUCUUUCAUCAUAAUUCAGGAGAUAAUUCAGAUGAUGUUGCAUUAUUAUACUCAAAGGACUCUAUUCCUGUCAAAGGUUUUACUGAAUUCUAGCAAAACUAGCUUCUGCAAUUCAGCUUCUUUGGCUGCAACCUCACCGCUGUUUAAAUUUCAAAUCUUAACUUCAAAUUACAGACGAUUUACUGCUAUAGCGGGUGAGAUUUCAAUGAGGAGUUACCAAGUUGUGGUGGCUGCUACUCGAGAUAUGGGGAUUGGAAAGGAUGGAAAGUUACCUUGGAGAUUGCCUUGUGAUCUCAAGUUUUUCAAGGAGAUUACACUGGCCACAUCGGAUCCUGGGAAACAAAAUGCAAUUUUGAUGGGUAGGAAAACAUGGGAAAGUAUUCCUAUCAAGUACCGACCUCUUACGGGUCGAUUGAAUGUGGUCCUGACUCGGAGUUUUGAGAUUGAAGAUGAAGAAAAUGUUAUUACAUGUGGGAGCAUUUCCACAGCUUUGGAAUUGUUAGCUGAAGCUCCCUAUUGUUUCUCAAUUGAUAAGGUUUUUGUCAUAGGAGGUGGCCAGAUAUUGAGGGAAACACUUAAUGGUCCAGGAUGUGAUGCCAUCCAUGUGACGGAGAUUGAGACGAGUGUUGAAUGUGAUACGUUCAUUCCAAGUAUUGAUUUUUCUAAGUUUCAGCCUUGGUAUUCGUCUCCACCAUUGGUUGAAAAUGGCAUUCGAUAUUCUUUUGUAACUUAUGUUCAUGUGAGGAACUCUGAGAAUGAAACUAUUGCUGGAAAGACUGGUGGAAAGUGUAAUGACGGUAAAUCGAAUUCUAAUAGGUUUGAGGUAAAGGAUUUCUCAUUUCUUCCGAAGAUGAUUUUUGAGAAACGUGAUGAGUACAUGCAUCAUACAAGCAGUACAAAAUAGUUUAUUUACAGAUCCAAUUUAUUGCAGGAAGCAAUAUUGAAGUUCCAAGUUCUCUGAGAUAUGUCAGUUGUAAUAUUUUGAAGGUAUUAAUGUUUUGUUGCCAGUUGAUAGUGGUUUCUUCUUCUUUGUAAACACUUUUUGUCUGCAAGCAGGAUAGUUUGACUGCUGAUCGGUUUGAUUAAUGAAACUAUUUCGUUCAUAAAAAAAGAAAUGUGUGUAAGACUGGCUGAAGAAAUUAUCUCAAGUGGCAGAUGACAAGGCAGGAUGGUUACCCUGUCAAAUCUUAACCACCUUCAAUGUAUCCUUCUGGUUUUCUUUUUCACGUCUUCGUUUUUCUGAUGGCUGCUCGUGUGCUUAAUCUCUUCGACUUCUUGCAACCAAGGUAACAAGAAUCCUAAGAGCUUAUCAAUCACAGCAUGUCUUUUUGGAUGACAGUAACAUCAGAUUUUAUUUGUUUCUUUGCUAUGAUAUCAAUCAUCGGAUGCUUUUCAUCUGUUGUCCAUGAUGUUGUGAUUUUCAUCUAAUUUACAGAUAGUGCUUUUGUGGCUUGUUAGUGAUUCGACAACUGCGCAGGUAAAAUGUCCUCACUGACUGUUGAUUUGAAGUUUUUUUUUUUCCUGUUCUAUGUAAUCAAAUACUCAAGGUGAAACAUACGACGCCGUAGAGAAAGAGUUCAACAAUGUUCUACACUUGUGAAGCACAUGUUAAGACUUUUUUAAAAUAUUUUUUUUAUCGAACUCUGUUUCUUGAAGCCUUUCCCCGUAUCUUCAAUGUGUUGGUCAUGUUCGGAAACGGUGUCGUCUAAAUGGGCUGUUCACCACACACACCGUGGGCUAAUAUUUCUGCGUUGGGAAUUAAGUGGUAGGCCCAAUAUUAGGGGUCAUGUAAUUGGGGUAUCGGCUAAAUACAGCCCAUAUAUCCAACAGAAAAUGGGUUUUCGGCCCAAUGAACUUCAUUCGAUCAUUGUACAGUUACUAAAUUUUUCAAUGCCAAAAAAACUUAAUGGUAACAA